AUGCGGGUGCACAGGCCUCUACCUGCCGGGGAGAGAGAGCUCCAUCAAAACUUUCCUUCCCCCCCUACUCCCUUUCCUACCCCCGCCUGCUGCCUGAGGGGCUACAGAGGUGGGGAGCCCGAAUGCUCAAGGUUAGUGAGGGUGUGGGGCAGCUCUUGUUGCCUGUACCCCUUCUUCUUCCCUCUCCUUCCCUGGAGCCACUGGGGAAAAGAGAUAAGAUGCUCUGACAACAUCUCCAAUUAUGAAACUAAUCUUAACCCUGUGCUGUCAGAUACUCUAUUUGUGGAGUCACAUCAGUAG